CAACAAUCUUUAAACCCGCGAUUUUAUUGCUCAAAAUCAAUUCACGAGAAAAUCUCGCCCUAGACUCUCACCUCUGUUAACAAAUUUCGAGUCUCUAAAUCUUCGAGAAAAAAGCUCUUAAACCCACGUUGGUUUCCUAGAAAUAUUCGUGGGUUCAAUCUCAAGAACAAUUCCAAAGGUUUUGCUUUGUGUUUUGAGUUGGGAUUCUGUUGGGCAGCUUGGAUUUGAACUUUUUCCAAAGAAUGCAAAGCUGCUCUUGCAGCUUAAUUUGUUCUUGUUAGUAUGAAUUUCGAAGAAAGUAAACGAAAGGGAAACAUUAACCGGAGGAAAUCAAACGAGUGUACGAAGCUUACUGUGACCAUCACAGUUGGUAUUCUUUUCGGCUUCUUCAUUGGGGCAUCCUUUCCGGCCUUUUCACCAUCAAAGAUUAAACUUAUUCCUCCGAUCGAUACAUACCUUUGGGACAAAAAUUCCGGCCACUCGUCACAAACGAUCUUAAAUGUGAUUUCUGUAACGAGGGAAAACGUCUCAAAGGAAACGCGACAAAUUCAUAAUCCAUCAAAGAUUUGGGUCUCAUCGAACCCACGAGGUGCAGAAAGACUCCCUCCAGCUAUUAUUGCUUCCGAAUCAGACUUCUAUCCUCGCAGAUUGUUUGGUCAACCGAGCGAGGACCUAACGAUCAAACCGAAGUAUCUGUUAAUUUUCACGGUUGGUUAUAAUCAGAGAUAUAACAUCGAUAAGGCAGUAAAAAAGUUCUCCGAGAAUUUUACAGUCCUCCUCUUUCAUUACGAUGGUCGAACAACAGAAUGGGAUGAAUUUGAAUGGUCGAAGAAGGCUAUUCAUAUAAGCGUCGCAAAACAAACAAAAUGGUGGUAUGCGAAGAGAUUCCUUCAUCCCGACAUUGUUGCAUCUUAUGACUUCAUAUUUAUUUGGGACGAAGAUCUUGGGGUUGAGCACUUUAACGCUGAAGAAUACAUUAAACUUGUGAGGAAGCAUAAUUUAGACAUAUCGCAGCCUGGCUUGGAUCCUAGUAGCCGGGGUUUAACAUGGCAAAUGACCAAGAGACGGGGAGAUCAUGAAGUUCACAAAGAAACGGAUGAUAAGCCAGGUUGGUGCAGUGAUCCGCAUUUGCCUCCUUGCGCAGCAUUUGUCGAGAUUAUGGCUCCAGUUUUUUCUCGGGAGGCUUGGCGCUGCGUAUGGCAUUUAAUCCAGAAUGAUUUGAUCCAUGGAUGGGGUCUUGAUUUCGCUCUCCAAAAAUGUGUCGAGCCUGCAUAUGAAAAGAUAGGAGUUGUUGAUGCACAAUGGAUAGUUCAUCAAGGGCUACCUUCACUUGGGAAUCAGGGGCAAGGAGAAAAUGGUAAAGCACCAUGGCAAGGGGUGAGGGAUAGGUGUCAAAACGAGUGGAAAUUGUUUCGCGAACGAGUAUCGAACGCUGAUAAAGAGUAUUAUAAGUCAAUUGGUGUUGAUCCUUCGAAUUUUACAACACAUUAAUCGACACGUGAUGAUAUUUGUGACUACUAUACCUAUUGAUUGUUUU